CUAUAACCAGAGCAUGCAUCUCUCUCUCAGAGCAUAGCAUAUGAUGCAUAUCAAUUGUUCCCCACUCCUCUCUUGCAAUCAGAGAAAAAUCAUUUGCCAGUUAUCACUGGUCCCGUUGGUAAUUCAUUAGACAGGGAGUGCUGCAGUACAAGGAGAAAUACGGUAAUGCAGGAGUAACGCUGCCAGCCUGUGUGAAUGUGAAGCGCAGGCAGAGAGUAGCAGGCAGUCAGUAGGGGAGAGCAGGACAGGGAGCUUCCCAAUGGAACUUCUCUCUGGUGAAUGUUAAGGAGAGCCGGGAAAGUGAAUGCGCAUUUGGAGGUGUGCGGGAAGGGCGCCCUAUGUCACAGCUGAACUUCCAGCCUUGCACUUUUCCCUCCUGUGGCGGGUCAGAAGCGCUCAGUGACGCAGGCAAUCGCUGGCCACUAGACUGCAGCUCAUUCCCUGUGCGUUUGUCGGGAGUUGAUGGCACUGUGCAAACAGGGAGAGGAGAAAGACGAGCAAGAGGGAGAUGUGAGUGAGAAAAUGUGGGGGAAGAUCGGCUCAGGGAGGGAUGGGCUCAGACACCCUCUUCUGAAGCUCCCCUGAGUUGGACUGCUGCAGCAUGUCAGCCAAGUCUAAGGGGACAUCCUCGCCAUCAGAGGGGCCAGCCUCCAAAGCCAAGGUGAAGGAGCAAAUCAAGACUAUCGUGGAUGAUUUGGAAUUAGUCCUGGGAGACCUGAAGGAUGUAGCUAAGGAACUUAAGGAGGUGGUUGACCAAAUUGAUACACUAACCUCAGAUCUACAGCUGGAGGAUGAGAUGACAGACAGCUCUAAAACAGACACCCUGAACAGUAGCUCAAGUAGCACAACAGCUUCCAGUUUAGAGAAGAUCAAGGUUCGUGCCAAUGCACCGCUUAUAAGCCCCCCUGCACAUCCAUCUGCUGUUCUUACAGUUCUUCGAAAACCCAAGCCACCGCCACCACCACCCCGGCUGACACCAGUGAAACUUGAAGAUUCUUCCGCAAACAAUGGAAAGAACCAUGGAAUUUUAAUUCGCAAUGGUGGAUUUCCUGGAGGACCAGUCAGCAUUCCCAAUGGGGAAAGAUGUGCCAUUCACAAUUUUAAAGUGGAAAAAAACCCAGACACACUUAUGACACAUAGGACAGAAAAAGAACGGUGUGCACAAUCCUCAACUAGGGAACGUGUGCGUUUUAGUGAAAAUGUUCUCUAUCAUGGCUAUUGUCCUGACUGUGACGUGCAAUCGGAUAUAAAAAACAGAGAUUUACAUCUACAUGGUGAGCCAGUCCAUAUAGCAGGAAAACUUCCGCACCAUUGUUCUACUUUACCAAAACCAUCUCUUGCUCCCUUCCCUAUUGAAAAUGGAGGACUAGGAAUAAACAGCAGUAGUAGCCAUCAUUUUCAAAAACCAGGAACUCAGCCUCCACAGACUGCGCCAAAACCUCAAAAGACUAUACUGAGGAAAUCAACCACUACAACUGUGUGAUAUUUUUAUUUUUUUAUCUUCAUUUUUUAUUUAUAUGAGUAUAAAGGAAAUUAGACAAUGAGCACUUUAAAGCAAUAAGAAGUCCAAAUAGUCCCUGAUAUCCUUAAAAAAGUGAUAAAACAAUCAUUUGAUCAUUGAGGUGGGAAAGUAUCUUCAAACAUCGGCUCUUUCAUUCAUAUGUAUCUUAAGUUUACAUACUUCAUUAUGACUUGUGCAGGGUGACAAAUGGGGGGAAAAGCCACAAGAGACAUCCUUCUAUGUCACUGAAGUUUCAGCACAAUGAUAUGAAGCACUCUGCUUGAUUUCUCUCAAAUCCACUAUGAAGACCUAGAAUCUAGAAUCACAGCCUUAAAUCAUCUCUAGAAAGCAAUGUAAAACUGAUAGUAACAACUACACAAUUAUUGGGGUAUGUACUGGAGCACUUCAGUGGAACAGAUAUAUGUCAAACUCAAACAUCACUGAGCCUCUUAAUUUGGAGGAUAACCUGGACAACAAUCCUGGUAUAAAGGAUAUUGGUGGCCUGGAUGGUAAAUGACUGUGAUAACAGUUGAGAAAGUCUCUGCUGUGCCAUAUAAAGCCAUAGAUGAAUCGAGAAAGGAGUAGAGCCGACAAUGAAAAGUGCUGUAUCUCUAUCACUUUCUUUAAAUUCAUUAUCAGCUUAACAUCCAAUGUUGCGGACUGCUUUCAAUGCAUGUUGAAAAUAUUUGCACUGUCAGUUCCAUUCAGGGUAAUGCUAUGUGCCAUUGUUUGCAAGGUCGGAAAAGGAAAAAUUACAUAGUGCAUCAUUUAGGGGCUUGCAAGACAUCUGAGAAUGUUCUAACAUGGACGCCUCAUCCCCUUUAUCUUACUAUGAAACCUGCCUCCUUACAUGUUGCUAUGGAAACCCUUAUGUAUAUAUACAUACACACACAAAUCAUCAAAAGUUUGCAGAUAUAUAUAAAUAUAUUUAUUUGAUGACGUCUGAUAUUGCCUUAUAAUCACAAGAUUUCAUUUUAGCGUGUGUCUCCAUUUGUUAGUGUUCAUUAGGCACUUUCAGGCUUAAUUAAUUCUCCCAAGAAACUUGUUUUCAUUCUCAUUAAUUAAAACAUUUAAUUGUAAUUAUUGUUGUUAUUUUAACAGUUAUUGCCAAGGAGGGACGUGAAAAGUUGUAUAGAAAUUAGUACCAGCUAAAUAUAUUUUAGUCUUCAUCCAACACCAAUCAAAAUAUAUGUUGGAAAGUGACAUUGUAUCCUCUGUUUAUAUCCUCUAGCGUUUCUCUUUAUGUUUUUAUGGAAGGUUCUUUCUUUUUAGUUUAUGUUUACUAUGAAUUCAGGAGUUUAUUUUUUUUUUUUUCAAAAUGCAAAAAAUAAGCCAAUCAUGUCAGGUCAUUGAAAUCUUCAGGCUAAAAGCUUUAAUAUAAAUACUAUAUAAAAUUGUAUAAUUAUAAAAUAUAUUUCUACUUGCAUACAUGUAAACAUUGAAAAUAAAUAUUUUUCACUUAUAAAUUUCAGUAAAAAAUAUUUUGAUAAUUUAAUACGACGGGUGUAAGUUUGCUGGUAAUAAAGGAAUGCAAGAAUAUCUGUUGACUUGUAGGUCAGAUCUCACAAGCAAAGCUUCAAUGUCUAAUUUACAAGUUACUGAAAUGUAUGUGUUGCAUUUAACACAUUGUAUAGCUGAUGGUAUUAUUCUCCAGUUUUUUUUUAACCCUUUUAUUUCUUUAGAGUAAAAGCAUUCCCUUAAUAGGCCAUUUCUUUAAAGUUGUGGAUGAAGAAAGUGUUUCAUUAAUUGUGGCACUGCAAACAAUUUCAUUUCAUGGUUGCAAAGAUGGUAUAACUGUAGAAUAAACAAUACAAAUGAUUAAUCAGUUAAUACUUCUCCUAUAUAACUUUGUGCCAUAAAGUAACAGGCCUAUGUCAUCAUUCAAGCCAUACUGAUAAAAACUUGUAAAUGCUGUUAAAAUGUAUUUGUGAAUUCAGUAGUGCCAGGCAUAGGCAAACCAUGCAAGUGCUCCCCAACCACCUGCAUUUUUAAUUUCUAAUUUGGAAUAGUAACUUACCUUUUAACUCCUCCGUAUCUGAUAAUUCCAUGUUUUGUAUUCUGCAGUGUCCUCUUUUCUCAUUUUCUAUUUACCUUGUCACUCUAUUCCUUUUGUUUUAAAUGUCUUUACCUUUUUUCUCUCCUCACUUGUCUCAAUCCUCUCUCCUACUUCCCCCUCUCUAAGGUUACCAGAUAUCCAAAUUGAAAUCCGAAUAAGAAAGGGGCUUUCAACAUUUUUAUGCCACACCCACUUUUGGCCACUCCCCCAUUGUCAUACACCUGCUCAGUAUCACACUCACAUAUUUCAAUUUAAAUAUAUUUAAUGGGAAAAAGAUCCAAAAUAAUUUUAUAAAUAGUUUUUCCUUCAGCAACAGGAAAGCUGGUGUGAUAAGUUUGUAGGAUGUGGGAGGGAAGAGAGUCAUGUGACAGAAGAUCACUCCUUCCUCCUGUCAUGGAAUAGCAAUGAUUGGCUAUGGGCAGCUCAAUUUCCAUGGGUACAACUUUCAGAAACUGGGACACUUGUUGUGGUCAAUUUUCCAUGGGAACAUGGAAUCUGAAACACAGUCAGUCCCCCUGAAACGGGGACUGAUGGUAACCUCUUUUCCCCUGUGAUGUUCUCUCUUCCCUUCCCAAUGCACCAUUCGCCUUUCUUUGCACUCAGAUUCAUGCCAUAUUUUUCUCUGUCACCAUACCAGUAACCACCCCCAUUCACUGCUUUGUAAUACUGAAAUACACUAUAGUGUGUCUUAUCUUAAUGCCCCAGCAGCAUCAAUGAAAAUGUAAACUCUGACAUUCCCUCCCACUCCUAUUUAGUCUUCCCCUACAGCUGCUAUUCACAUAACUUUUUGGAUGAUUUGGGGGAACGGUAGCGAACGUUUAUGCAAAUGUAUUUAACUGAAUGUGCAGGAUUGUCAGGUCUGAAACAUUAUUAGUGGGAAGAAUAAGAGGCGCCACCAAAUGAGAAGAAUGAAGAAAUGUUGCCUUCUCAACUUUUGGAAACUAGGCCCUUAAGCGUUCAUUUCACAUUUUCUGUUUUAUCGAUACAGCGACGGGAUGGACCUGUCGACUUGGAAUAUAUAUGAGAUACCAUGGUUGACUUGCCAGUAUAAUAGCCAUGCACCGAGUGUGACUUUAGGAUCAAAGUCUCCACAAACACAGACAUUUUAUGAAUAGUUGAUGUAUGAUGAAAUGAAAUGCUGGUACCUAAAUAAAUGUAUAAUUUUGCAGUUAUUUUUCAAUAAAAUGGAAUUUUAACUUU